CUUCGCCGCGGUCGCCCCCCGGCUUUGGGGCCAUUUUAACCCGUUUCUGCUAGAGGAACAGUGAAGCGCUGCUCAUGGCCGGCUGCGCGCCUUGAGCACCUGCAGCCCUGGUCUCGCUGGCGCGGACGCGAAGGAGUUGAGACCACCCAAUUGUUUUCCCGUUUGUUGCUGAAAAUAAACGAACUAGCAGCUACCAUAGCCUCAGCGAGGGAUGAUCUGGAACUGCGUCUUGAUGAUGCAGUAGAGCAGAUAAAGGAAAAGAAUAAAUCAAGUGACGGUUUGGCGUUACUUGACAAAUCAGCUGAUACGUGGUGCGUUCGUAAAGUGAAUUUCUGUCCCCUUGAGAGCAGGUGACAGAAUGUUUGCUUACCUGAAACGUAGCAGAGUUUUCCCUCUUGAGCAGAGAUAAGCGUUUGCAAGGAGGUAGCCAGUGUGUAGCCAUUGGUAUCAAUAAUUCACAUGAACUCCACUUGUUUUUCCAAGUUCUCCUGGUAUUUCCACCCCAUGAAGGGUCGGUGCGGUGUGAAAAUGCAGUCCCGUUAACGUACCCACCCAGAACAGAGCGGGGGCUCAGCAUCCAGCAUGGAAAACUCUGAUUUGUUGCUUCAGAAGCCAAAUCCUACUGCCUUCAGUGAAGCAGCAGGUCCAGCACUCUUGAACGAUCCUGCCUGUGCUUCAUUCGGAGAAGGAGUUCCAUGAUGCGGCAAAGCGUAAUGAUACAGCCAGGAUGGAGGAGCUCAUCAAGAGAGGGGUCGACAUCAAAGCCAAAAACAAUGCAAGUCCUGGGUUUUCCCACCUCCAAGCUGCAGGCAGGGCUGAGGGCAUGUUUUGGAACUGCAACUCUGUUAUGCUGCUUCCCUCAUUAGCUGCUCAAUUGGUCAAAGCUUUAAAAUACUCCACCCAGUGUUGAAUAGGUCCUAUGGCAAGCAAGCAGUCUGACAACAUGCUGAAGUCCACAGCACUGACAUCCCGGCCAGACUAGAAAGUUGCAAACACUGAGGAAGGAUGAUAAUUUAUGGUUCCCCUUGGAACAAGUGUGUCAGAUACACAUGGCUGCAAUGAAAGGCUUUGAUUUUGCUGCCUCUGUAUGCCAAGGCUGUGGGCCUGACUCAGUUCCUGUUGCAGCUGUCCCCGUGUUGGCCGUUAGGUUCCUGGGAAUAUGGUUUUGCACCCAUCCCUACUGUUUUAUUCCAUCCAUCCAUAGGCAAUGAUACAUCCCAUUCCUGUGCUGUCAUUGUAGUCCAUUACUGUAGUUUCUGAGCAGAAAGUGUACAGUUGAGGUUACAUUGUGCCAGGUAGUUGAGCAAGGAGAAACCCUGCACAGCGCAGGAAAUUCUGGCUCCAUGAAUGGCAAAGGGGAUCUUGGCCUGCAAGAAGGCCGGAGGAUACCCACAGGCACUCAGCAUGCGUCAGUCUUGCCUCCCUCCUUCCUUCCUUUGCAGACAGACCGAACUGCCCUGCACUGGGCUGCGGGAGCAGGGAAUGAGGAGGCUGUGCGACUGCUCCUGGACCAUGACGCCCCAUUGGAUGAUGAAGACAGUUUUGGGAUGAAUGCACUUCUCCUGUCUGCCUGGUUUGGCCACCUCCGCGUCCUGCAGAUCCUCGUCAAUGCCGGAGCCAAGAUUAACUGUGUCAAUAAGAAUGGCAGGAACCUGCUCCACUGCGCAGCUCAGAGGGGACACAUCCGGGUGAUGGAGUUCAUCAUGGAAGACCUGGAGGACAUGUGUGUGGAUGGGAGAGACAAGACAGAGAGGACGGCGUUUCACCUGGCUUCAGAGUAUGGGCAGCUGGAGGUGGUGGAGUUCCUAAUUCGACUGGGUUGUUCUCACAGCGCUGAAGACAAGGAAAAGAAUACAGCAUUGCAUUUAGCUGCUAAAAAUGGACAUCUCUCUGUGCUGCAGAAGAUUGUAGACACUGGAGUGGAUCUUGAUGAAAAGAACUUAGAAGGCCUAACAGCUCUGCACCUGGCUGCUGAGGGGGGACAUAGCGCCUGUGUGAAGCUACUCUUGGGGGCAGGUGCCGAUGUCAAUGCCCAAACCCAGAAGAAGAUGAACUGCCUUCAUUAUGCAGCACUGCAUGGCUAUGAGGAGAUAGCCAGGGUCCUCAUGGAUGCAGGAAUCCACAUAGAUGCUGUUAAUUAUCAAAAUGCAUCAGCUGCGCACAUUGCUGUGCUACAGAACUUCCCAGCCCUAGUGAAGAUCUUCAUUGAUGCGGAGUGUGACCUUGACAUUCCAGAUAACAGGCAGCAGACUUCGCUCCACAUUGCUGCAGAGUAUGGCAGGCAGGACAUUGCCGAGAUGAUUCUCAUUGCAGGAGUUAAUCUGAAGCUAACAGACAAGCAAGGAAAGACAUCUUUAGAUGUCGCUGCCCGAGGCAAUCACAUCAACUUGGCAGACAUGAUCAUCAAAGCUGAUCGGUUUUACAAAUGGGAAAAGGACAAUCUAAACAGUGACUCUGACUCUUGGGUGGCAAAACACUUGACCUUUAAGCAAGAUCACAGGCUGGAAACACAGCACAUUCGCUCAGUAAUGUGGAGAUUAGCUACUAAAUACCUCAAACCUGGUGAAUGGAAGAAGCUGGCACAUUACUGGAAAUUCACUGAUGCGCACAUUAGAGCCAUUGAGCAACAAUGGACAGGUACUAAAAGUUACAGGGAACACGGCCAUCGGAUGUUGCUUAUUUGGCUCCAUGGUGUGAUCAUGGCAGGAGAAAAUCCAAUCAAGGGAUUAUAUGAAGGUCUUGUGGGGAUUGGAAGAAGAGAUUUAGCAGGUAACGCUUUUGUCUUCCUUCAGAUAAUACACACUGAGCACUAUCUGAAUUCCUUGGUGCAACAUGCACCAAGGAAAAUUAAGUGCAGCCAAUGGACAGUAGCUUCCAGCUUGUGUGAAGCUUGCUACCAUUACACAUGCAGUUUUUUCUUCUAUCUUUUAUUUUGAUAAAUGAACUAACACAUCUUGCCACAGCUUUGUACUCUCUAUGCAGCAGGACACAUGCCUGGAGAAGGAAAAUGACCGGUAAAUGUAAAACUUAAGGAUCACGCUGUAGUAAACAUACAGCACCAUUGACCGGUCUUAUCAAGACAUACCCCAUGCACUAGAGUUGAGAACAUUCUCUCUUCUUUUACAGAAAGCAUUCGGAAAAAAGCAAAUGCAGACUCUGCUUCUCCAAGGAAGUGCAUAGCAAUGUAAUAUCUGAAGGGCAGGAGCAGUCUCUUCAGCUGAUGCUUCAUCAGCUGUCUUAGAGCUACAAGAGAAACACUUGCUUUACCACUCACCAGAAGGCAGCUACAAUUUAAGGGCUUGUGUCAUAAGAAGUUGGCAUCACUGCUGCUUCCUUCUUGUUUUGAAACAAGAUGAUCAGCAGAUGCUAAUAAUGUUUAAUGCCACUUUAUAUAAUAAAUAAAGUGAGAUUUUUAUUUGCUAUUGCACAGGUUUUGGUUACUUUAAUAGUAGUAAAGUGAGUAAGCCUCCCUUGUCAUGCUGUGACUGAGUAUCAGGAAAUAUUACAGUAAAAUAGUGUAAUUUUUUUUACACAUUUUUCUAUAUAAAUUUUUUAUUGUUAAUUUUAUAAGUUAAUUAAGGCAAAGCCUUUGUGUUUAAGUAGUGAUCUUUACCAACCUUUUUCUUUUUUUGGUCCAUCACUUCUGCCUUACAAACUAAUUGUUUAACCUCACUGUUUUCUUCUGACCAAAUUCCUAUGCUAACAGAGAAGUGUUUCUCAGCGCUCUCUCCACCCAGUUGGAGAGAUCAAGGCUACCAAUUUGUUUCUCUUAGAACCUUAAAGAUUAUUAUCUUUACAGUUUAGACUCUCUUCACAAAAAGUUUCAGAAAAGAAAAUUAAAAUAUGUCAAUAUACUAUUUAUAAAUCAAAGAGGCAAAUUCUUUAGAAGGUUACAGCUUGGAAAACAUCACAAAAUGGCUUUGAAGAGUCCAUCUCCUUUACCUUGGGACAUACAUAGCUGAAUACUCAUCUAAGGGGGAAAAAUAAAAGAGUCAGCUUAAGAAUAGCUUGGUAUCAGGUAGUCUCGACCACUGUGUAAGUGCAUGUCUUUACUGUUUCAGCUCAAAAGAGGUUGCCAUCUGUUACUUAUAAAGCCUCUGACAAGGGCACACUUUUUUCUCUUAAACACCAAUGUCAUGUAAGGUUUUAUAUUUAUUUUUUACAAUGUUUCAAGAGAAAGUGUCUGUAUUCCAAUAAAUCUGACUUUUAAAUCUGAGAUU